AUGGCCUGCAUCCCCAUCCCGUCCGACUCCAUCUUUAGAUGCUUUAUUGCGUUGCUCAAGUGGACGUAUGUCCAUGCAUGGAGGCAUGCGCGUUACCUGAAGAACCACGAAAGGAACUAUGCAACUCUGAGAAGAGAAAACGAUGAGCUAAGAAAGAUGGAAGUACUUGUAAACAACUUGGUGAGAGAUGAGGAUCUUAAAGGUCGAGAUAUCCGACGGGAGGCAGUCGAGUGGCAGAAGAAGACUCUGAAUCUAAAGGCUGAAGCAGAGUACGUUCUUAGAGAGUUCCAGGACGUCCAAAGGACGUGCACCUGUUGCAGCAGCUUUCCCAACUAUUGGUAUUGCUACCGACGGGGGAAAGCAGCUCUGCGCAAACACGGGGAGGUGGCCGCACAUAUCAAGAAUGCGCCAUUGGAGGCAGAACAAGUGUCAAGGCUUCCUGCAAUCGAUUGGGCUGCGGGACUGAACCCGGAAGCAUUGGAUGGGCAGGAGACUGCUCCUCGCAUCGUUAAGGAAAUUCUGGACUCAAUAGAAGACACCAUGAUAUCAAGGAUCGGCGUCCACGGAAUGGGGGGAGUUGGCAAGACUACCAUCGUGAAGCAUGUGCACAACAAAGCUAAAGGGUUUGACUUCGUCAUGUACAUGGUAGUGGGCAAAGAUCCUGACUACAAACAUCUGCAAAAGAAGAUUGCCCGCUAUCUAUACCUCUCUUUGCCAGAAGGAGCAGAUCAAAGUGAAGGAGAAAAACUGAUUUUAGCAAGGUUGAAAGGCAGGAAGUACUUAUUGAUACUAGAUGAUGUAUGGCAAGGCUUCGAUGUACAUGUGUUGGGAGUUCCUGAUCCAGUGAGUGGAAGCAAAAUUGUGGUAGUAAGUAGAUCUCUUCAUGUAUGCCAUGCCGUGGAGACUGGCAAAAACAUCAAGGUGGAAGUCAUGUCCUCUAAAGAUGCAAUGUCCCUAUUCCUUCAUAAGACAGGGGAUGUGAUCAAACAGCCAACUAUAGAAAAAGUUGCAAUGGAGGUCCUUAAGGAGUGCGGUGGUCUGCCGAUAGCGAUCGCCACAAUAGGGGCGGCCCUGAGGAACAAUGACGAGGUCGGGGUGUGGGAGGAUACUUUGAGAGCUCUGAAACAAUCCACUGGUGAGACCCAAGGUAUGCAGCGAAACGUCUUUGAGAUUCUAAAGUUAAGUUACAAUUUCUUGGAUGAGACCAUCCAAAGAUGCUUCUUAUAUUUGUCAAUGUUUCCUGAGGACGAGAUCAUAUUCACAUACUUCUUGAGCGUGAAUUGGCAUCUGGAAGGUUACAUAGGCGGUAAGAUGAGUAUCAAGGAAAUCGUCAAUAAGGGUCGGACCAUAAUCUCCAGGCUUAAAGAUGUCUCCUUGUUGGAAAGUGCAGGUUAUGCUCAAAACGUAAACAUGCAUGACCUGAUUAGGGACCUGGCCUUGUACAUCUCAUCAUCUGGAGAUGAACCCAUGUGUCUUAUAAGGACGAGUAGAGGAGUGCGUAAGGCACCGACAGAGGAAGAGUGGAAGAAAGCAAAGAGAAUAUCACUGAUGAGGACUUCGAUAGAGCAACUACCGAACAGGCCGGACAGUCCCCAACUGAAAACGUUGUUAUUUGAAGGAUGUGAGGGACUAACAAGCAUUCCAUGUAGUUUCUUUGAUUCUAUGCCUGCACUAGAAAUACUCAACCUCAACGGAAGCAUGAUCAAGAGGCUGCCUGAUUCUCUUACCAAUCUAAAAAGUCUUCGGGCUCUAUACUUCUAUGGUUGUAAAAUGUUAGAAGACAUAUCAGCUGUAGUAAAUCUUCCCGAGCUUCAAGUGCUAGACCUAUAUUUGACGGGUGUAAAAGAAUUGCCUGAUGGCUUUGUAGACCUGAAAAAGCUGAGGAUCCUAAGGAUGGGCUUUACUUUUAAGCUUUGUAAAAUACCACCUAAUUUGUUUUCUAAUAUGCCUCUCUUAGAAGUACUCAACAUGUACCGAAGCUACGGUCUCUGGGACACGGGUUUGGAAGGAAGUGCUUCAGCUGACCUGUCGCAAGGAAGACUAAAUCUAGAAGACCUUGCAAACAUAGAAAAUUUGAGUUCUGUGGAGCUCACCAUCAAUGAAAGUGGUGAAAGCAUUCAGAGGCUUAUGGAUAGCAAAUUGAUCGGUCGCCUUGAAGGACUGGCUCUACAGUGUUGCCUCAAUUUUGAGGGGAUUGAUUCAUCAAAGGCAGAAGAAGCGGAAAGACUGAAGGCAUUCAUGGUGCAAUCGUGUCCAGAAUUAAAGAAAAUCAUCAGAGGAACCGACCCCAAUAAGGUUAUAUUUCCAGACCUACGUUUACUUCAGUUGGAGGAGUUGCCAAUGCUAGAACACGUUUCUGUGGAAACGGAGGCACAUAUAAGCUUCUUGAAGUUAGAAAAGUUGACGAUUAAAGGCUGCAGAGUGUUGAAGACCAUCUUUACGUAUGAGUUGUUGAAACAACUGCAAAACUUAGUUCACUUCGAGGUAUCAAACUGCCCUGAGAUGGAGAAUGUUAUUGAAGGACAAGUUGGAGAUGAAGAUGAAGUCUUCCCCAAGUUGACAAGUUUCAGUAUCUACAAUCUGCAAAAGUUAACCACCAUAUAUAACGGUGACUUGAAACUCAAAGCCUUGGCAUCCAUAGAGGUCAGCAAAUGCCCAUUGCUAAAGAAGCUUCCUCUAGAUGCCCAGAAUUGCGGGAAAAUAAAAAGUGUCCAGGGAGAAAAGGAAUGGUGGGAAGGAUUGGAGUGGAAAGAGGAGAGCACCAAAGCUGCACUCCAGAAGUACUUCAUCUUAAAGCCUACAAAUGCAUAA